CGGUGGCACAGCGGCACAGCAUGUGCGCGGGGCCGGCCCGGGAAGAUGUACGUAGGUUAUCUUCUGGAUAAAGACACCAACAUGUAUCCCAGCCCCGUCCGGCACCCGAGCCUCAACCUCAACCCACAGAACUACGUGCCGGGGCCACCUCAGUACUCGGACUUCGCCAGCUACCACCAUGUGCCAGGGAUUAACAACGAUCUCCACGGGCAGCCGGCGGCUGCCUGGGGCUCUCCCUACACCCCUGCCAAAGAGGACUGGCAUUCCUAUGGGACCACUGCUACGCCUUCCACUGCCAGCCCGGGGCAGUUUGGAUUCAGCCCCCCAGAUUUUAACCCCAUUCAGCCCCCAGGCACUGGACUCCUGCCUCCUCCCAUCAGCAGCUCGGUCCCUCAGCUCUCCCCUAAUGCCCAGAGACGCACCCCGUAUGAGUGGAUGAGGCGCAGCAUUCCCAGCACCAGCAGCAGUGGCAAAACCAGGACGAAAGACAAGUACCGGGUGGUGUACACUGACCACCAGCGCCUGGAGCUGGAGAAGGAGUUCCACUACAGCCGCUACAUCACCAUCCGCCGCAAGGCCGAGCUGGCCGCUGCCCUGGGGCUCACCGAGCGGCAGGUGAAAAUCUGGUUUCAGAAUCGGAGGGCGAAAGAGAGGAAGGUGAACAAAAAGAAGAUGCAGCAGCAGAGCCAGCCCACCAGCACCACCACACCAACCUCACCGGCUGUCAGCACGUUGGGACCCAUCGGAGGCCUCUGCAGCAGCAAUGCCCCGAACCUUGUCUCCUCAUCUCCACUGACCAUCAAGGAAGAAUUCAUGCCUUAACCCCCUUCACCAGCUAUAGACUCCAAGAGAUAAGCACUAUGCAGCAGAGC